AUGGCCCACAUCACAUCUGAGAAAGAAAAGCACGCCGAUAUAUCCAACUCCCCAUCCGAGAAGUCUAAUCCUUCGGUCAAGGCUAGUACCUUUCCAUUGGAGCUAGAUGAGAACAAUGAUGGCAAGGUCAAGAAUGCCUAUUUUGGCUCAAACCAGCACCACGUAUUCUCUACGCCGAAGUCCUUGAGCCACUGGACAGAUGUUUACGAGAAGUCAAAAUAUGAAGGCCGCCAUCGAUUCGACCCACAACUGCAGUGGUCACCAAGUGAAGAAAAGCGCCUUCUCCGAAAGCUCGACCUCCGUAUUAUGCUCUGGGUUUGGAUUAUGUUCUCAAGUCUUGAUUUGAUAAGAAAUAUUAAUCGUGCUGUUUCUGACAAGUUGCUGCCGGAGCUUGGUAUGAACACAAAUGACUUCAACAAUGGCCAAACAAUUUACUUCUUUACAUUUCUGGCAGCGGAACUCCCUGGAGGUCUUAUAUCGAAGAAGAUUGGGCCAGAUGUCAUGACUCCCAUCGCCAUCGUCUGCUGGGGAACUAUUUGCGCUUGCCAAAGCCUUAUCACGAGUCGAACUGGAUACUAUGUCACUCGUGCUAUUCUCGGUCUCGCGCAAGGUGGUUUCAUUCCCGAAAUGGUUCUGUACCUAUCCUAUUUCUACAAAGCAAACGAGCUCCCCAUACGUCUCUCCGUAUUCUAUACGGUAAUUCCAUUGACGCAGAUCAUUGGUUCUCUCCUGGCUGCGGGUUUCUUGGAAAUGAGAGGCAUCUCAGACUGGUCGGGGUGGCGAUGGCUCUUCCUACUCGAAGGUGUCAUGAGCAUUGUCGUCGGCAUUUUAUCUUUCUUUUUUAUGCCUGCCAGUGUGACUCAGACCUCCGAGAUCCUCCGAGGGAAAGCACAAUGGUUGCAUGGGAAAACUGGCUGGUUCACACCUCGUGAGGAAGGUAUUCUCGUGAAUCGGAUAUUGCGAGAUGAUCCGUCGAAGGGAGAUAUGAAUAAUAGACAGCAUGUCGAUUUACGGGGCCUUUGGAAUGCCCUGAAGGAUAUCGACCUCUGGCCUAUCUAUAUGCUUGGAGUACUUGCCUUCCUACCCUACCAGCCCACUGCAAACUAUUUAUCUCUAACCUUAUCGACCUUGGGAUAUACUACUUUCGAGUCUAACAUGCUUGCAAUUCCGGGCUUCAUCCUCUUCUUUUUGAAUAUUUUGUUCAUUGUCUGGUUAAGUGAGAAAGUCAACGAGAGACUGAUUCUCGCCGCUUGGAGCAACAUCUGGAUGCUUCCCUUUUUCAUCGGCAUUGUUGCUAUUCCCAAAAGCACCAGCUAUUGGGUUCGGUACGCUCUUCUUACGUGCAUCAACGGAAUACCUUACACACAUGCAAUUCUCGUGGCAAUGAUCUCCCGAAAUGCAAAUAGCGUUGGUACCCGAGCUGUCGGCACUGCGAUUUACAAUAUGUCCUACCAGUUUGGCUCCAUUGCAGCAGCGAACAUAUACAGAAACGAUGAUAAACCAUACUACUACAACGGCAAUAAAAUUCUUUUGGGCAUUUGCUGCGCCAAUAUCGGCCUUUUUGGUCUUACCAAACUAUACUAUGUAAAGCGUAACCAGAGAAAGGCGAAGGCUUGGAACAAGUUGACUGAAGAUGAGAAAGUGAAUUACAUUGCUACAACGAAGGAUACGGGCAUGCAAAAGCUGAAUGUUGUUUUUGCUCAUUAG